GGAUCAUUUUCGAUUUCGAAAGGAUGGUUUCGGAGUGUGUGGCCUGUGUUGCUGCUGAUGGGACAUGGAAGAGCUCGACGCAGGCGUAAUCGCCAGAGGAUUUCCUGCGGAAAGCGAGCGGUGCCGGUUACAUCCCGCUGCUGCGUUCGAUUUCUACAAUGGAGUCAUUCGGUAGGAGCUGGUAUGAGCCAGCUGCUGCGUCCGGCAAUGUUUCCCGGCACUGGGCGCGGUAUGAUGGCCACGAGGAGGAUCGAGCCUGGUGAGUGCAUCGCCUCGGUGCCGCGGCAGCGCCUGGUGACGUGCGCGGACGUGAAGCUUCAGCUAGAAGUAGAAAUACACCAGGACACGAUGGACAAGUCCAGCAAUGCUGCUGGUCUGGAUGACGUAUCCAUACUGGCUGUGUUCAUUCUAGUGGAGCGUAGCAAGGGAUCCACGUCGCAGUGGAGCCACUAUCUUGACGUGCUGCCCGACGCGUACGAACUGCCGGUGUGUUUUGCGGCUGACGAGCUAGCACUGCUGCCGCUCUCCUUGCUGGAGCGUGUCCGUACGCAGCGCUCGCAUCUGGUGGAGCAGCAUGAGCGCGCGUCCAAGCUACUGACGACGCUCGUGCCAGACCUGCAGUACGAGCGGUUCCUGAACGCCUGGUGCGCCGUCAACACCAGGACUGUGUACCUGAGUGAGAGCAGCACUGGUAACCCGGCAACGGAUGAUGGCGACACGUCGGCCGGCAACUGUGCACUAGCUCCGUAUCUUGACUUUCUGAAUCACUCGCCCGGUGCACGCGUCACGGCCGGAUACAAUAGCUCGACGCGGCGCUACGAUAUCGUCACGCAGGACCGGUAUCGUCACGGUGACGAGGUGUUCAUCUGCUACGGUCCCCACGACAACCAACGGCUGCUGCUGGAGUAUGGGUUCGUUCUCGACGACAAUCCUCACUGCAGCGUCAUGCUCGGCCUGCUGCAACUGAUACCGCUUGCGGCCGGUGAGCAUGCGUUCGUAGCGGCGCUCUGGUGCGAUCGGCGUCGCAGUCAGAUUCUUGUUGAAGCCGAACUGGACACGGUUAACCCGACUGCCGACGGCUGCGGCUGGAAGCUUCUCGCGGCGCUGGACAUUCUCGUUCUGGACGCGGCGGAGCUCGACAGCUGGCAUGCUUAUGUGUAUGGUGUACGAACACUGGCCGAUGUUGCGCGGCGCGAGCUGAAGGGUCGCGUUGGCGUGUGCUUGUGUGCUGCCGCCCGUUGCCACCUGCUGCCGUCCAGAGAGAAGCUGAAUGGGAUCGUGCGCUGCGACGGCUCGUCGGCCAACGCGCGAACAGCGGCCACGCUGUCGCUGCAGCAGCACGCCAUUCUCGACACUGCCGAAGCUGAGCUGAACGCUUUGAGUACUGAUGCUGCUGUGGGCUGAACCAACGUUUGUAAUCACGAGCUUUUCCUAGAAGACCGGACCUCGCCGUACACGAUUGCAGAAAGCACGGGCAUUUCUGCUAAAUCCUGGGCACACAUUGCUAAGAGGUUGCUAAGUCUAAAGGGUGAUUUCUUUCAGCGGCCCAACGCAACACUACUCCUGUAGAAACUCACGACAAAGCCUCAGAACCUUACGAUUUAAAUGUCAAACGCAUUUCGGCAAGAACUAGUAGUAGUGUGCUGCUUUGCCGUGGCUCUGACGCGUGUGUUCUGGAUGCAUAUCUACUACCCUUACACCGGGCCAGGAUUGCCCUGAAUUGCUGUCUUGAAACAACGGCCAUGAAUACGAUUAGUCGGCCGCCUAUCUCCUCCGGAUACGACGACACCGGAAAACCGUGCAAAGCGCACGUUGAGAAGUGCUGUCGUGACGCUGAUGAUGAUGUGUGCGUCCGUGUUCCCAGACCUGGAGUGAGUGUUGCAGCGCGCUGUGAAAUGCCCGGCCACUAGUCGCCGCCUGCUCAGCGUACUACCCAGCCACAUGUCACUGGCAGGUAAGGGCUACACAUGUGUAUGUGUGUGUGUACUCUGUGGCAGUCACACCGCCAGUGUCCGGUCGCUACGGCCCAGCGUCUACCUGCCCAUUGUCAGUGACCCCUCUGUAGUUUUACCGGUCUAUCCAGAGAGCGUCUCCCGUGCGUAUGCUCUAUGGCAGUGUGUCCGGUCGUUACAGCACAUCAUCUAUCGGCCUAUUGUCAGUGACCCCUCUGUAGUUUUACUGGGCUAGCCAGAGAGAGAGUCUCCCGUGCGUAUGCUCUAUGGCAGUGUGUCCGGUCGUUACAACCCGUCAUCUAUCGGCUUAUUGUCAGUGACCCCGCUGUAGUUUUACUGUGCUAGCCAGAGAGAGAGUCUCCCGUGUGUGUGCUCUGUGGCAGAGUGUCCGGUCGUUACAGCCCAGCAUCUACCUGCCCACUGCCAGUGACCCCGCUGUAGUUCCGUUGGGCUCACAGAGAGUCUCCCGUGUACGCCACUACAGCACUGAGCCUGAUUUUGUCCAACUAAUCUGUGCACAUUGCGUUCUAUGGAAUCACGUUGUUGACUAUACUCCGUAGGAAAAUGAGCUGGCGCCAGAGAAUUCUUUGCAUCGUGCGCCGGGCGCGUGUAAUUCGCACGCCCGGUCACUUGGAGCAGCUGUCCAAGUACAUGUAUAGUGCUGCAGCAUAUACAGACGGGUCGAUGCUGACGCUCUUUUGUUCUUUUAAAGACAACUAUACCCGCUGAGAGAAUCAUAGCAUACAAGAACUCUUCUUUUUUCCUAGAGUAUAAUUAUGUUCUCUCUGCUGUUGUAGUGUGCUGGCUUUACACACACGCGCACACAUAGACAGGCGCACAGCUCUAGAGUAUGGUGGUACUGAAACUCACCGUUCCAUGCCGUGGAGUCCUUAUCUCCACUGUCAUCCGAUCUCUCUGGCGCACCGUCAUCCCUAUCCGCUGGCCCAAACGCAAACUGGCCGUCCUGCGGCAGGACGCUGCGAGGCAUCCUGCUCUAGCAUUCCACAAACUUUACACUACCGCUUCAAAAGUACAGUGCACUCUUCCUAUGCUGGGCAAGAAGAAGAAUUUCUGCAAAACGUUUUCAGAUUUCAGUAUCACAAAACCUACUUCAGAGUUCAUGCACGGAGCUUUGUUUCGUUUUCGUGAACUGCGGGGAAAAAGACCUGACUGGCUUGUUGCACUGACUUAUACUGAAGCUACCUGCUGGAUUCAUUGAUGUGGGCUAACAUGAUUGUGUGGUCAUUAGCACCCAUGAUAUGUUACUUCUAACAGCUCUACACUCUUCACUCUACCUGCGAGUGGACAUGCACAUGUUGGUCAGCAGCUUAUAAAAUGUUACAUGCCCUUGUAGUGUGCUAUUACAAUAGUAGGCAUGCAAUAAUUAUUGUAUAUACACAUGGUGUGAAUGA